AUGGCGGCCGAAACUAAACCGAACCCAUUCAUCUCAGAUCAACCAUGCCCAACCCCAGACUACCCAGAUGAAUCCGGUCCAAGCACCCUCUCUAGUUCCCUCACAAGUCUCGAUCACCACAAUGAUCAUAGCAAUGCAAGACCCGAAUCAUUCUUCGAAAUAAUCGAGCCCCGGGCCCAAAUGUCCGCCAUAACAACCCACACAACGCACAUCCGCGACCCUGGACCCGAGGACACAUUCCCCGACGGCGGGACCCGCUCCUGGCUCGUCAUAGCAGGAUCUUUCUUCCUCCUUAUGGCAAGCUACGGAAUGAUGAACUCGACCGGAGUACUUCAAAGCUAUUUCGCAACACACCAGCUCUCAACGUACUCCACCAGUGCCAUAGGCUGGAUCCCGGGGUUAUUCACAUUCUUCGGACUUGUUCUUAGCGUCCAGAUCGGCCCUAUCUUCGACCGGUAUGGACCUACUGGCAUCCUCAUCGCUGGAACAGGGUGUUAUGUUGCUGGAUUAUUGCUGUUGGCAGAGUGUACCCUUUAUUGGCAUUUUAUGUUGACGCUUGGUGUGCUCACGGGUACGGGGGCUGCGUUGUUGAGUACGGCUGCGAUGGCUGCUGUGCCGCAGUGGUUUGAUCGGAAGGUUGGGAUGGCGAUGGGGACGGCGAUGGCUGGGGCGGGGCUUGGCGGUGUUAUGUUUCCCCUUGUUUUGAGAGUUGCGUUCACCCGGCUUGGGUACAAGUGGGCCAUUCGAAUGUUGGCUUUAAUAGUUGCUGUGAUGUGUGGGUUGGGGAUUUCAUUGGUGAGAUCGAGGUUACCGAGGGGGAGGAGUAGGUCGACUAUUAAUCUCAGGGCUUUUCAAGACGCGAGGUUCACUUGGUUGACGAUUGGGACUUUCAGCUUGGAACUGGAGGUUUUCGCUGGCCUGGGCUUGUAUCCUACCUAUGUGGUGAUGCAGGGAUUUAGUACCCCUACCAGUAUCAUUCUAUUGUCAACUCUCAACGUGUUCUCCACCCUCGGUCGACUAGUGGCCGGAGGCAUCGCCGAUAGAUAUGGCCGGAUCAAUACGCAAACAGGGCUCAUCUGCCUUGGCGUGAUUGCAAUAUUCGCCAUUUGGUUACCAUUUGGAGAUACACUACCCGGGCUCUACAUGUUCAGCGCAAUCUUCGGACUGGCGUCAGGCUCGUUCUUGAGUUUAGCGCCAGCCUGCAUUGGGCAGAUAUCCAAAGCUAGCGAGGUUGGUGGCCGCUUCGGCAUUUGCUACUCUUGUGUCAGCUUUGCGACUCUCAUUUGUAUACCGAUUGGUGGCGAGAUGCUCGAGCAGGUCGGCAAGCAGGCCAUGGUGGCAUACUUGGGAAGUGUUUUGAUCGUUGCCUUGGGGAUGUUUGUCAUGGCAAGAUGGUCUUGUCUGAGCUAUCGAUGGCGAUGGCAGGCGAAGAUAUAG